AUGGGUGGCCUGGUUGAAGGGUCAGAUAUUAAUGAGGUGGAUGUACCUGACGGAGAUAAGGACAACAUACUUGCAGAGUUUUCCAAGUUACAACGGGAAAAUGAAAAGCUAAAGGAAAGAAUCCGACGCUUACAAAAAGAUACACGGGUAGGAGGAGACCCCUCUAUAGAUAAUUCUCCAAAUAGUUACCAUCUGUCUCUUGAUUCUGGAGCUGGAACAUCGGCCCUGGAUUCUUUGGCUACUGCAUCUCAGCCAAGGGUAUCUAGAUCCUCAACUGGUCUGCAAUCAAUAUAUCUGAGUCCACAACUGUCGAAUGAAUUCAACUUCAUUUCCGGGGGUAAAAAGACUGUGAGGAAACCAAUAGUUAUUAACGGUGAGACCAGUGAACUUGGUAGUAAGUAUUAUGGGCCUCAAUCAGUGGAUUAUAUGGUGGAUGUAGCCAACAAAUCGUCGUCCAAUGGCCCCGUACCCAAUACCUUGAAGUUGAGUAGGCCUGAAUUCAGAAGAGAUAAUACUAUGGAACAGGAUUUACUUGCAAGAGCAGCACAGAAGAAAAAGUUACCAUGGAUUGUUUAUUUGGUUCCCAAUGAAGCAAAUUCAAACGUUAACUAUCAUGCUAUUGUAUCGUUAGUUAAAUUUUUUUUCCAUCCUCGAUUCCGAUACUAUAAUUUCUAUUCAAGAGUCCCCAUGCUUAUGUUCCUUGAAAAUUAUCCGAAACAAGCACCAGAAGAUUGGGAGAAUGACGACGAUUUACUUCUCCUUUGUACUAUUCUUAUUAUAUCCUUGCAAAUGUUGACGCCGACUGACUGUGUCACCUACAAGAUCGUGGCUCCAAUAGACAUUGACAAAUGUGAAGCUGCAAAGAAGUAUGUGGUUAGCAAUAAAUUAUUCCAUACUUUCCAAUGCAUAAGACAUAGCUUAGUUUGUGAGACAUUCACAUCCAUUCAAAGCUAUAUAUUAUGUUCCGAAUGGCAUUUCAAAGAGAAAAGAUAUGAAGAGUGUUGGUCAAUGAUGUUCCACACCUGUGCCAUAGCAUUUGCUAUAGGACUUCAUAUGAAGGUGGAUGAUAACAUUGCUGAAUUAAACCGAGUUGAAACAUGGUUUGCUCUUAAGGAACUUACAUCCAUAAUCUGUUCCAUUUUGGGCAGACCAUCACCACUUUCAUUGUCGUUGAACGUAGCUGUGGAAAAUGAAAGCACGGAGAUCAUUAAACAUCAAAAGGUCAACUGUGCCUUGAGGGUGGGGGUCAGCGAAUGUCUACAAAUGGCCAAUGCCCUUAUGAUAGACAAUAUGAAUCGAGAUAUUGAUAUUGAUUCAUUAUUUGACCUUGAUAAGAGAAUCGACGCGGAGAUUGAACUCUUCCGGAACUCGUACCUUACUAAAACAGAGAUUAAGCCUGUUGAUCAAGCUCCUAAUCAAGUUUAUUUGCCCACUUAUGUUUCUCGUGAAAGUGCAUACAUUACCAUAUUUAUGUUGUCAAUAACAAAGGCUAAGACCAGGGUACCUUUCCUUGAAAAGUUUGAACAUAAGGUGAUUGUUUCGUUGAUGAUGCUUAGCAUUACUGAUUACCUUGCAACGCUAGAACUCUUGGUGGUGGAAUACUUUAAAAACUUGGAAUCAACGUAUGAUCCCGUUAGAUGUUUCCAACUCAUUUAUCCAUUUCUUUCGGUGUUUAUUCUCCAGGGAAUAGUUUGUAUUCUUGCGUUGAUGAAUGUUAAAUCUCAAUAUUUCAUUAAUGGAGACCCUUUACUUUCCAAUGAUUUUCUUACGACCAUUGAAAGACGAAUCUUAGCUGUGAAAUGGUCAUUAAUAUGGCCUCAAAACCUAGCUUCUGGAUUUGAUAAGAUUUUGGAUUUCAUUCAAAUCCUCAGAGCUAAUAUGAUCUCAGCAAACCCUACGCCCAUUAUGAAUAUUCAAUAUCAAGAAACUCUGGUUCAAACAUCGCCCACUCCAGAACGUCCAGGCUUAUUCCCAUCGUUUACCAAUUGGAAUGUUAAGGACCCAUUCAAUAUCUCCAGACCUGAUGAAACGUUAUAUUUGAAUGAUAGUCAAGACUUUUUCAGUAUUGAUAUCGAUAAGUUUGAUUUGAAUCCAAUGAUUGAACAACAGCAGUCUCAAGGAGGUCAUAUUCAACCAGUUAACGUUGAAGGACUAUCCCAAAUGCAAAACUUGGAAGUCCCUCCAUCAACUUAUGGAAGAGUAGGAGGACCACCUACUGUUGAUCUAGAAGCCUCGGUUUCAAGUGUGAGUGAACAAAUAGACACUGAUAUAUUCUCACCUCCUUUAAGAUAA